CCUCAUUAGCAUAUGACGCGGGAAGGCGGAAGCGGUGGCGGGAUGAGGCGGUGCGGGGCUGCCCUGCGCCUGGCCCUGGAGGGGAACAUCGGAGCGGAGCGGGGGACACCCCUCACCCUGCGCCCCCAUCCCCGUAGCCGUGGGGAAAUCGACCUUCAUGAAGCUGCUGGGUGCCACCUUCCCCGAGUGGCACUUGGUGACCGAACCGGUGGCACAGUGGCGGAAGGUGCCAGCCCGUGGCACGGCGCAGGCGGCUGUGGGCUCCACCAACCUUCUGCAGAUGAUGUACCAGGAGCCAGCCCGGUGGUCAUACACCUUCCAGACCUUCUCCUUCAUGAGCCGGCUGAAGGCGAUGCUGGAGCCGGUGGAUGAGCCUGAGACCCCCAGCCCUGUGCAGGUCUUCGAGCGCUCCAUCUACAGCGACAGGUACGUCUUUGCCAAGAACCUCUCAGAGGCCGGGCACCUGCAGGCGCUGGAAUGGGCCAUUUACCAGGACUGGCACAGCUUCCUGCUGCAGCAGCUCGGGCCCCGCGUCGUGCUCCACGGGCUGCUGUACCUGCGGGCGACGCCGCAGACGUGCCUGGAGCGGCUGCGGCGCCGGGCGAGGAGCGAGGAGCAGAGCAUCCAGCUGGAAUACCUGCAGCAGCUCCAUGCCCAGCACGAGCACUGGCUGGUGGAGAAGAGCACGGAGGUCCACUUUGCGGACAUGAAGCACGCGCCCGUCCUGGUGCUGGAUGUGGAGAAGGACUUUGAGCACGACGCGGCCGCACAGGGCGGCCUCAUGGCGCAGGUGGAGACUUUCGUGACCGCGCUGCAAGCCAAAGCUUUGCCGGCACAUCCCGACCCGCUCUGAGUGGCAGCAGCAGCAUUCCUGCCCUCCGGUACCCGCCUCGAGCCAGCUCCGGCCGAAGAUCCCGAAGGACAAGGGCCAAAUCCUGGUCCCCAACUGUCCCCUUUGGUCCUUAUUAUUCGGGGUGUAUUUAAGGCACAGGCAGCACAGGGUGAAUGAUGAGCUCCCCGUGUGCUUUGGGGACCAGGUCAUGACCACGACCCCCUCCCCAUCCAUAGGGAUCCCCUAUAUGGAUGCUGGAGCCGGGAUGCUCCAUAAGGGGGUUCAAUUCCCAUGGAAAGUCAUCGUGGCUCCUGUUUAGCUCACACCAGCCCCCGUGUUUGAUUCUUUUGUAGAUAUUUUAUCCCCUUAAAUUAAAAUCAAAGCUCUUCUGCA